UUUUUUUUUUUUUUUUUUUUUUUUUGAAAAAUGCAAGUGUAAUUUUACCAAAGUAUCCGGUCAUAUCCAUGGGCACGAUGCGCACGAGGUUCUUGCUCUUGUAGAGCUCCCUGAGGAACAGCUGGGCCAGAAAGAAGAGCAGCACGAGAUUCGGACUGUCUGCCGGUAUGCCGGACUCCAUCGCGCUGCAAAAGAAGGCGAGUUUCUUUUGCUCUCAGUCUCUCACUCUCGCUUCAGCCGAAUGUAGGACACACGGGUGUUCUAUAUAUACACGUCGCGCGGACGUGUGCGGGUGAUAGAGAGCGAGAGAGAGAGAGAGAGAGAGAGAGACUGCACGAAACGUACCUGCGCAUCUGGGGUAGGACCAUCUGGGAGGUGCUCUUGCAAGCUUCGACACAGUUGCGCCUGAGCUUGCGGAUCUUCUCCCGGAGCUCGGGAGAGUCGCGCGGCUGGCCGAUGCUGAUCAGCAGGUCCCGGAACUGCGCCACCUGGCUGUUUAUCUCGUGGAUGUGCUGAAAGGGAGAGAUCGUUAGCACGUGCGGCUGACUCGGCGCGCGCCAACUGGAGCGUAUACGCGCGGCCGUCGUCGCACGUGACGACCAGAGUCCCGAGCUGCUGCUGAGAAACAAGGAAUGAGGGAGAGUUUAGAUGGUUCACCUACCGCGGCUAUGCUCGACUCGGACCUCUCGUCAAAGAGGCAGGCUCUGCUGUUGGCCUGAGCAGCGCCCUGAGGCCCCGACUCCGUCAUCGUUCGCCGCCUUCGGAGAUGCUGCUGCUGGCUGCAUCGUCGCGCGGCUGGCAGCUGCAGGGCCGUCGCCGUCGUCCUGCCCUCGGCAGCCUUUGCCUCAUGAUUCUCCUUGGCCGUCGUCGUGUUCCUCCGGCUGCUCCUCCUGGCUCACUUCCUCCCCCCCUCUUCCUGCUGUUGCUGUUGCUGUUGCUGCUGCUGCUGCUGCUGCUGCUGCACUACCUCUAACUGCUGCUGGCGCAUGCUAUGCAACAACCGCCGCACUGAACCGACCUGUACCGACGGAUAAGCCGAGAGAGCGAGCUUGCAAGCGCCUCCGACGACGACGACUAUACUCGUGCUUCCGACCGCGAGGGCUGCGCGCGACCGACUGACUCCGCGUGCUGCUGCGCUGCGAGAGCUCUCCGCACCUCGCGCAUGUCCGCUUACUCUCGCUGCUGCUGUCGCUGCCUAUAUCGGCCCAUAUCGACUGCUCUCACUCUCUCGGAGGGUGAGAAAUUCUCGCGUCGAGUGAGCGAAAGAGAGAAGAGCGAAUUUUGCCUCGGGACAUGCGAAUCGCUCUCUCCUCUCUCUCUCUCUCUCUCUCUCUCUCUCACGCUUUAUGUACUUACCUUCGUUCGCUUUAUUUUACGAGUCGGACGUGCGUCCGAGGAUCAGCCUCCCUCGCGGCUCUCCUUAUUCUCCUUUUUUUUUGGACGGCCGACUUCGCGUAAAAAAGCUCCCCUCUCCCCCUUUAAAAGAAACGCGCACCGGCUUUUUGCGCUUGUUUAAACUUAUUCAAUUUUGACGCGCGCGCGGUGUAACCCGCUUUUCUUGUGCCUCCCGUGUGUCGCGUGUAGGUCGAAACUUGUUGGCGAACUUUUUCUCCGCUUACGGCUACUUACUUCUUCGGCUUCGGCCGCGAAGUUAACGCGCGAAACUGUAUCGCGCGGGAAGGGGGCAUUGAUUAGUGCCUCAUGGCUCCGUCGAUAGUUGCGCGGCUCCUCGAGGGAGUUGAAAAUAAGUUUUUGAUCGAAUGUAGCGAGCUCUGCCUGCGGUGAAAAAUUAAUUCACAUUUAUAUACGUAUAGUUAUUAUCAAUUCGCGAAAGACUCGGCUGCUGCUGUGUGCGCGCGCGCGCGUGCAUUUUUUAUAAGAGAGAAGGAGGGCGCAUUUCGAAGAAACUUUAGCUCCGGACGUCUCUGACAGCUGGAAGACGUACGUAUAUAGAGUGCGAGAGAGAGAGAGAGAGAGAGAGAGAGAAACGCGAACCGGAUCCACGUACGCGCGGAGCUUUUAGGAUUCGGUAUCGUCUUUCCGCGAAAUUAUACGCGAGGAAUCCGAGGCAAAUGUUAAUCGAUCCCGUGCGUCUAUAGAAGACACGGCUACGGAGAGAGUAAUUCAUCAGAGUAGAGAAGAAAGGGAUAUGUAUGCCUGAAUUAUUAUCCUUUCUGGGCGGGACGAGCUGCAUAAUUUUUGAGGAUUAUAAUAAGACAUGGGUAUACUCUCUCGAUACACGCGGAGAUGAUGUACGUCGCAAUGGGCGAGAAAGAGAAGAGAGAAGAGAAAGAGGAUCAAUCCCCGGGGGUAAUUUUUGUAUCAAAUAUUACGGCUCUUUGAUGCCCACGGAACAAGUAAAAAUCGAUCGCCGCGAAUUUUCACAAUGCGGUCUCUUAUGCAAAUUCGAAAAGCCUCGUGCCAGAGGAAGAGGGUGUAUAUGCGGGAGAGGGGGAAAGAAAAAAGGAAUUAUGGUAAUGGAACGAAAAUUAGAGCCGACCUUGUUUGCGCUAGGGUUACCGCGUAAAAUAAUAUUCGUUUCUCUUAUUCUCCCAUUCCCUCCGUUCCGCGCGCCGAGAGCGACUUCAAUACACCUGCGAUAUAUACGUGCAUAUAGUCGAGUAGUGCAGUGGGAGUUUAAAAAGAAACUCGGGAGAUAGUCGCUGUCCUAGAUAUUACUCAGAUUAAAGGAUGGCUUUUUUAUAGCGGGAUACUAUAUCGCUCUACAGUAAAGUAAUUAAACAGCUGUGCAUUAUAGCUUCGAACUUCGCCUAAGACGAGAAGCGCAGACGUCUAUCGCUAUGAAAAAUUCAACGCAACGCGGCGCAAAAAUCCGAUACAGCUUGCUUGGUGACUUGUGAAAACCGAGCCGCAAGCCAAUGAGCUGGCAGGACAAAUAUACGCGGAGGCAAAGCAGUGUUAUAUAGGUACACGGAGUAAGAGACGUCGAGCUCCAUUACCGGGCGCUUUUCAGCUGGCCGCACUCGAUCGUCAAUAAGCAAGCGAGUAGCCGGAGGGGAACCUGCAGACUCGGCUCUUUAAACUUUCAGAGCCGCUUUUCCUCCUCGGCCUCGUAUCGUCGUCGCGCAGCUCAAAGGGAAUACGUGUACACCCACCCACACACACACACACAUAACGCUGCUACGUCGUCGUCUUUGGAGAAUUGUCCCUUUUGUCCCGAAAUCAGCACUAGCUCCCCUCUCUCUCUCUCUCUCUCUCUCUCUUGGGCGGUUAAUAUCGAGCUUUAUGUACGCAUGUGUCAUAUCAAUUGAGCGGCGAGUGAAUGGAGAAAUUGAAGAAGAAUGCAGCGGCGCGUACGGGGAUAGCCGCAUCAUCAGCGAAGCGAGCGAAAGAGAGAGAGAGAAAGAGCGCCGGCAGUCGACGAGCACACAUCAUGGACGACGGAGUCGCAGCAGCCGGACCUACGCUGCUCUUCCAGACGAUGAGUCUACUGCUGCUGUUACUCCUCGGCGCUGGCGCUGGAGGUGCCAGCAACGCGGCCAUCACCGUCAAGAGCUACGAGAACGACACCGUACUGCUGCCCUGUCACGUCGAGGAUCUCGGCGUGCAGACGCGAGUGCGCUGGUACCGAGCCGGUCAGUCCUCCGGUUCCAACAUCCUUUUAGCGGACAGCGACGAGCCGACGGUCAGCACGGCGAGCCAGAGGGUGAAAAUGUGGGGCAACCGAAGCCUCGAACUGGUGCAGGUCAGGCCCGAGGACAGCGGGGAGUACGUCUGCCAGGCCUCGAGGCCCGUGCCCUGGGGCGCCGUCACCCAGGUCUACGAGAUCCAGGUCAUGUAUCCGGCUAGCGCGAAACCGAUCCCGGAAUCGGGUCAGCUGGAGGUGGUGAUGGGCGAGGAGGCGACCAUGUCCUGCGUGUCCGAGGGUGUACCCAAGCCCGUCCUCGCUUGGAGCUUUCAAGGUCAGGAGUUGCCUAUACUCGCUUCCGGACAGAGGCUCAGGAUACUGGCCAACAACAGGAGCCUCGCUGGAAUCUAUAGCUGCCAGGCGAGCAACGGCAUCGGAGAGCCUGCUAAGGCCGUCAUCGAGUUGAAGAUCAAGCACAAGCCGGAAGUAACGGCGGUGACCCGUUGGCUGCACAGCGCCCCGGAGAUCCGGGCCCGACUCGAGUGCCUCGUGGUGGCCUAUCCCGAGGCCCGCCUCGACUGGUACCUGGAGAACGAGAAGGUCGUCCGGAGCCAGCGAGUCCUGCGCUACAAGCAGGACACGAGCCUGGAGGACGGCAGCGCGGCCCAGCUGCACAGCCUCGUCAUCCGCAGCGUCCAGCCUCGUGACCUGGGACACUACAGCUGUCGAGCCAGUAACGAACUCGGCCAGUCCGAGGCGAGUCUCGAGCUGUCCGGUGUGGCCAAGCCACCGCUGCUCAAGAAGGAAAUCAGGUCGUCGUCCAGCAACAGCUACAACUUCAUCUGGGAGGUCGACAGCUACAGUCCCAUCGUCGAGUACCAGUUCUGGUUCAGACAAAUGGAUUCGAGGGAAGACUGGCGAAGGCUGUUCAUACCCAGUGGCAACGAGGGAGCCGGACCGGUCUACGCGAGGUCCUUCAAUCUGACGGGGCUUCAAGCUUCCAGACAGUACGAGGCGCUGGUGCUCGCGAGAAAUAGAUUCGGAUGGAGCAGCCCGUCGAGGAUCAUCAGGUUCGCCACUGGACAGCCCUCGGGCACCGAGGAGGAGGCCUACAGGAGCGACUACAGCGCCGGCCACGAGAACAUGCCCCCAGCUGUGCAGGUGACGUCGGACUCGCAACGCUCGGAAUCUAGCUCCGGAGUCUGGGGCAGCCAUCAUCGGAACGACUCGUUCGUCCUCUGGCUGAGCUCGUUCGUCGUCCUGAUUCUCGCCAGUGGUAAAAUCCCACUGGACGGAGUGAGCUGAAAGCACAUUCUCUGAAGCUCGUCGUUUUGUAUAUCGCGUUGUCAAUAAAUUUUCAUAUAUUUUUACA